AUGCCGCUGAAUCGAAAUCUUCAGCGAUCCCUCGUCUCAUAUGCGCGACUGGGAUUAUCCCGGCAAGCCAGAAUCAAUCGGGCCAUUCCCCAAUAUCGUUAUCCUUAUCAACCCUCGCGUUUCUUCUCGCAGGAUCCAUCUCCCCAGGCUUCUCCCGAUCCAACGGAUCAGAAUGGCGGAGAUGAGGGUAGGGGUCAAGGCGAGUCAGAGCACAGUCUGAAAUCCACCGUCUUGAAGAUGUUUGAAUCCGCUGCCACCACCUUUGCUUCGAUUGUAAUUCUAGGUGCAGCUGGGUACUCGUACCAUCGGUACUACAAAUGGCUGAUAUUGGAUAAAAUGGAAAAUGCCUUCACCCCUGGCGAUCCAGCACUAGAGCUGGCUGGUGUGGAGGCUGGCAAACACCAGUACCACCACCACGAGCAUUGGGUCACUCGCGAUGAGCAAGCCAGGAUCGACCGUAUCAUUUCAGGACAAGUCGCCGGUCAUUACUACCUGAUGGUUGGCGAAAAGGGCACCGGAAAGACCUCCAUGCUUCUUGAAGCCAUGCGCAAGAUCAACGGAGAAGGAAUUGCCAUGUUUGAAGCACACGCUGAUCUCGAGAUUUUCCGGAUCAGACUGGGCAAGGCUUUGGAUUUUGAAUUUCACGAAGAUUAUAUUGGCAGUCUCUUCAGCAUCCGGGGUCCUCGGGAUACCACUCCUCUUUUAGAUAUUGAACGUGCCUUCAACAAGCUGGAGAAGGUUGCUCUGAACAGAAGACGCAGCGGCAAAUCGCCGUUGGUGCUGAUCAUGAACAGCACACACUUGGUCAGAGACGACCAUGACGGCCAGGAUCUUCUUGAAAUGAUUCAGCAACGAGCAGAGCAGUGGGCAGCUAGCGGUUUGGUGACAACAGUCCUGAACAGCGACGAUUACUGGGUAUACGAACGUUUGAAGCGGUACGCGACAAGAAUGGAAGUCAUUCCUGUCACAGAUCUUCCCAAGGACAAGGCGAUCGCAGCCCUGAGAAACUACCGUCAGCAGUAUUUCAACGAGGAGCUCUCAUCUGAUAUCCUCGAUGAAAUCUACAAAAAAGUGGGCGGGCGGUUGUCUUACCUGAAUAGAGUCGCCAAAGCCGAAAAUUGUUUAAAUCUCUGCGACACUAUCUGCCAGGCCGAAAAGACAUGGUUUUUGAACAAGUGUUGGAUUCUUGGGCCUGAGAUGGAUGACGAUGUGAUGGAUGAGCAAAAGUAUUCUUCCGCUGCAAUGGUCCUGGCCAAGGCCCUCGUGGAUCUUGAGGACGAGAUGGAAAUCUUUCAUCCGGAGAGAGGCCAUAUACUCCCACAGAUCCCUCUCCACAAAGCCCGAGAGAUCAUGACAAGAGCCGACUUUAUUCAAUCUUACGAUCACGAGAACAUCUUUACCAUUGACUCUCGUGCGAUGGUCCGAGCAGAUUCUGUGCCUAUGCAGAAUGCAUUUCGAGAAAUCUGUAAAAUCCCUGGCUUCGACAAGCAUCUCGAGGGUACUCUUGAGCGUAUCGGAGACAUUGAGAGCUUGGGCCGUACCCGCGAGCUUACAAUCAAGGAUCUCUGGAACCAGGGCAAGUAUAAGAUCGCUCUGCAAGACCCCAGGGGCCGUGAGAAUGGUACUAUUGAGUUCUCCGUGAUGGAGCAGGAGAAUGGAGAUGAGAAAGACGAUUGA